AUGCAAUUGUACAGGAUAAUAAUGGUUCAUAAGUUGUCACUGAAGUCCCUACUCCAGACAGCGGAUAGGGACCAUAAUCCAUUAGCCAUGUCUGACGAGCAGAUCUUGGAGCAAAUAUACUCAACACAUGUUCAUAGUGACACUAAGUUUGAUGUGGAUUCUCUCUUCACUCUUGUUUACACUACCCUUAGGCGUUCAACUUCCAUCGUUGAUAAUUUUUUUGAGGGUUCUAAAUCGAUGAUGGAACAUAUAGACGACAAGAUGCCCCUAGCCAAUUUUAGUUCACCUCAUUGCACACUCAAGCAAAUAUCUUUCGAGAUGUGUUGCAAGCCUCCAGGUGAGGAAACAGCUCACAAAACGGCACUGGUGAUACUAAACAAGCUCUCAAACUAUGAGUGGGACGCAAAGGCAGUGAUCACACUGGCCGCAUUCGCCCUCGAGUAUGGUGACUUUUGGCUAUUGGCUCACCAUCAGCCAACAGACCUUUUGGCCAAAUCAGUGGCAGUACUUAAGAGAGUGCCGCUACUGACUCGGCCUGAAUACGCGCAGAAGCACCGGCAGGCCAUCAUCGAGGUCAACAAUCUUGUGAAAGCGACAUUGCAAGUGAUUGAGUUGAUAUUCGAGUUGGAGAAGUUUUCCUUUUAUGACACUAAAGAUGUGCCUGCUUUGGUGCCUGCUAGAGAGCACAUCCCUGUUGAUGUAUACUGGGCUAUCAUCACUGUUGUCACUAUUGUUACUCAGAUUGAUUGCCUCACCACCCAAUCGGAGAAGAAGCAGGAACUGUAUCAAUAUGGACAAAAAUUAAACUUCAUACUUGGGAGAUUGGGGAAGCAGAUCACGCUCUGCAGGCAUGAGAUUGAGGAAGCAGAGUAUUAUCGUAAGCUUAGGAAACUUUUCCAAACUCCAACGGAGAUAAUGGAGGUGUUUAAGGUCCUCGUUUUCUCAAAGGAUGCACCACAGCCAUUGUUCGAUUGUGCUACUAAAACAACGAUUGACAUUGAAGUGUUAAAAAGGAAGCAUGUAUACCUUUUCAUUUCCACUCUAGACAUCACAGAGGAAGAGAUUUCAGUACUCAGAGCAGUUCAUGAAUCCAUCAAGACAGAUGAACAAUAUAAGAUCGUUUGGGUUCCAAUAGUUGAAGAAUGGACCGAGAAUCUUCGAAAGAAAUUCGAGGUUCUGAAGGCUAAGAUGCAAUGGUAUGUGGUUCAACACUUCGGAAGCAUAGCAGGCUACAAGUACAUCAAGGAGGAAUGGCACUUCAAGAAGAGUCCCAUGGUUGUGGUUUUGAACCCUCAAGGCAAGGUUCAGCAUACCAAUGCAUUCCAUUUGAUUCAGGCUUAUGGAAUGAAGGCCUUUCCCUUUACCUCUGUGGAAGAGGAGAGAAUUCACAAUGAAAUUCAUUGGGUUGGUCCUGUGGUUGGUGAUAUUCACUCCAACAUUGACACUUGGAUCAGAGAGCAGAAAUACAUAUUCUUCUAUGGAGGCAAAGACAAAGAAUGGAUCCAACAAUUCAGCAAGACUGCUGCAGCGCUUGCAAAUGAUCCUAUCAUAAAGGACUUAAGAAUUUCCAUAGAACUCUUCUGUGUGGAAAAGGAAGACAAGAACCUGUUCAGCCGCUUCUGGAACCGCAUAGAGAGCUUGUUUGUGACGAAGGCUCAUAAGGCAGUUGAUAGUGCGAAACAAGAAGUGCAGAGAAUGCUGUGUUACAAGUACGAGAGCGGAUGGGCCCUACUCAGCAAAGGGUCGUCGGUGGUGGCGAGCGGCCACGGAAGCACAAUCCUGAAGACGGUGACGGAGUUUGACAAGUGGAAAGAGGUUGUGAGGAAGAAGGGGUUUGAGACUUCAUUCAGAGAGUAUCAUGAGAGGAUUGUGCGCUCCACUCACAGGUGCGCACAGUUUGAGAUUCAAAAUAUUGCUGGCAAGUUACCUGAGGCCAUAAAAUGCCCUGACUGUCCCAGGAUUAUGGACAUUUUCAUAACUUACAAGUGCUGCCACAAUGACAAUAAUAAUGUUGUUAUCAGUAGUAACGAUGCACAUUAGAAACUUUCAUUUUGUUAAUUACUGAGAUGCAACUCUGAGGGAAAUUGUUCCUAGUGUGUCCUUUAAAAUAAGAGCAAUUGUGUGUUUUUUCAUGUAUUCUGUACGUUGCUGCUUAUCUUGAGUGUUGGAACUGAAUUGAAUUAAGGUUGA